AUGACCAAUAUCACCUCCCUCCUAGCUCUCGUAGGCCUGCUAUGCAGUCUGCUAUAUCCCGUAUCAGCUUAUAGCCGAGAUGGGAAGACCGACUGGAACUAUUUCGAAGAGUGGUUCAUGGAGGACAAAAAGCUGCGAGAGGCUAACAAGAGGACAAUUACAGACUCGGAGAACGCGCGAGGCCAACAUACAUUCUGGAAUUUGAGAAAGGCAAGCGGUAUCGGUUCAAUGGGGAUCGUCAAGGCACACAAGAACGGAAAGAAGGAAGAGCUGCGAUGUGGGAUGGUCUUCUAUUAUCCCGGCUUCUGGCAGACUAAAAAGGUCAUGGGCGAGCUCUUGUCCGACGACAUAAGGAAAUGGGCCUUUGAGCAGCCUCUCGCGGUGUCGCCCAUUUGCAACCCCGAGCCCGAUGAAGAUUGGCCGAAUCGCAAGGAGAACAUGAUCGUCUUUCACAACUACUACACGGGCCCUGCCGAACAUGACAUGUACCUCCUGCUUGAAGAUGGUCCGAUCCAGCCGGAUCCGUCCGUCCUGGUACAGAAUAUAAGCGACUUCAAGAGUUAUUCCCUGCUUUUCCCCGAUGAAGAGAGGAACCUGGUCAAAGGGUCAUUCAAGACCCCUCCCGAUGCCGGUCAAGUAUUCAAGUGGCUCAAGGAUUAUUCUAAGGAUUUUCAUGUUGGUACCGUUCCUAAUCCCUAUGUGAUGGGCAUCAGCGAUACGGCUUGGCCCGAAUGGUCUCAAGUCGAUAGGUUCUGGGGAUACAACUCCCAGGGUGAUCGUCGGGCGAAGCCGGUGGACGGCUAUCCUGCAGAAUGA